AUGCUGCGUGCGUGCCAGUCGCACCGCGACUGCGGUCUCGGCGUGUGCAAUCCGUGGCGCGGCUGGUGCGAGUGUCCGGUCGGCUGGCGUGGCGCAAGCUGCGAGCAGAGCCUGCUCCCGUCGUGCGUGCUGCCGUCUGGCGGCCACCUUCCCGUGCGCUCGUGGGUGCUCCACGCGUUCCACAACGGCCCCGCGCGUGAUCGCUGGGACGACCGCAGCGCCAUCGGCCCCGUGGCGUGCGAGUGCCUCGCGGAAUGGGUCGCCGCGCCCUUCCUGCUUGAGCGCUCGCGGCUGAAUGGCAUGCGUGGCUGGACCACGCCGUGCAUUUCGCUGGCCGAGUCGGGCUCGGCCGGCGGCGCGUCAAGCUUCGCGGAGGUGCUCGCUCGCCCCAGCUCCGCGGUGUGGCGCCGCUUCUCCUUCGCGGCGGCGCACGACACGCUCCGGCUCGGGCUGACGCCGUCGCUCGCCUCGCGUAACAUGGACGAGGAGCUGCCGGCCGUCGCCGCCGUCCUCGCGCCGCUCCGCCAGAGAGCCGCGCAGAUCCGGGCGGUCGUCGACCCCGCCGACGCGACAGCGGCCGACUCCUGCCUGCUCGCCGAGCCGCCGCGCCUCCUUCUCAACGGCAGCGCGCCUCCCCUCCCGCUCCUCCCGCUCGGCCGGUGCCCCCGCGAAUGCGGCGGCCGCGGCUGGUGUGAGCCGGUGCCAGCGCCGGCGAGGCGACGCCGCCGGCCGUGGCUCUCCUCCACCGGCGCCUCGUCCGCCACCGCCGCGGCCCGGUGCGGCUGCUUCCUCGCAGGCGGCCUUCGGGCGGGCGUGGGCGGGCCGGCCUGUGACGAGGAGCUGCCGCGCCGCGCCGCCGGCCCGCUAGAAGAUGGCGCCGCCGGGCCGGCGCCUCACUGGGGCCCUGCGUGCCCUGCCCGCUGCUCGGCGCGCGGCACGUGCGACUGGCAGGGCUUCUGCAACUGCGACGUGGGCUACUGGGGCCUCGACUGCGCCCUCCGCCUCGCCGCGGACGGCAGUCCCGAGGCGGGAAGAGUGGAGGCGCACUCCAACCGGACGCUCGCGCGGCGCGCGGCGCGGCGGAGGCGGAGGGAGGGCGACGAGCGGCGGGGAGGCGAGGCAGGGCAGGGCGCGAGCCGCCCGCCGCGCCCACGCGUGUGGGUCUUUGACAUGCCUCCGCAGUUUCGGUUCGGCGUCGACUUCGCCGCUGGCUUCGACGCGAGGCUGCUCGACCGCUUCCUCUCCUCGACGCGGCGCGAGGCGGACCCGUCGAGAGCAGACUACGCGCUGCUGCCCGGCCCGCCGCUCGUCAUCGACGGCCACCGCCUUCUCGCGCGGCUGUGGCACGUCCGCUCCCGCUCGCCGCUCUGGCGCGGGCACGCCGGCGCGCGUCACGCGAUGACCCUGCUCACGGAGCGCGCGUCGAUGGACUCGUUCCAGCUCUCGUACGCGGACCAGGACCGCUAA